GCCGGGAGUGAAUGAACCAUGGAACGAAGGAAGAAAAGAGAGAGAGGGAGGGGCUGUGGUGUACGUCAGUAGUUGUGACUCUCAUAUAAGUGGCUGCAGAGAGAGCUGGAGACCAGACAGAAGGCUGUAUUAUAUGAGACUUUUACAAAUGCAGCCCAUAGUCUCGUUGGAAUGUUCUACAGCCUAGACGGAGGACUGUUUUCAGCUGUCGUGUAGCUGCCUGUCUCUGUCCUACAGACCUCACUGCCAAGGGUGGAACCUGAGAGCUAACUCUGGAUCUGGGCUAGCUGCUCAGUAGCUAACUGGUUCCGGCUUGAACGUCACUGGACAUUUUGGCUCUUCGUUUGUCCAGGACUGCAGGCUUUUACAGCUCUCUUAGAGGGGUGUGGACUGUACAAACAGAGAGAGAGAGAGAGAAGAGGAGGAAGUAAGGGAAACAGGAAAAUAUAUAUAUAUAUAUUUUUUGUUGGAAAGAGAUCUCCCUCAACCCUCACGCUGGGGAAGGCGGCGCAACCCCCCCACACCUGUCAUCUUCAUCCCGGCCCCUCCUCACAAACUCUGACCUCCCGCAUUAUCAGGUGGAAAGGCCUCUGCCUCCCUGCCCUUCCCAUCAUGCACCUCAAGACCACCAAGUGUAACGCCUUCUGCCUGGUUGCCUCGGUGACCAACCAGGAAGUGUUUGACAGGCCUGAGUCCCGGGCCAGUUUUGAGUCUCUGUUCCGCUCCUUCGACCCGGACGUGAACUUCCAGUUCUUUAAGAGUUUCCGGCGUGUGAGAAUCAACUUCAGCGAUGCACUGGCUGCCGCUGAGGCGCGGCUCCGACUGCACAAGAGCGACUUCAACGGCAAAGAGAUGCGCCUCUACUUCGCACAGUCCGUCCUCAUAGGCAGUCCCCGCCUGGAGCCCCCUAAACCAGACAAACAGUUCCUGAUCUCCCCCCCAGCCUCGCCACCGGUGGGGUGGCAGCAGGCCCCGGACGCCGUGCCCGUCAUCAACUAUGACCUUCUCUGUGCCAUCUCCAAACUAGGGCCAGGUGAGAAGUACGAGCUGCACACCGGCACCCCCACCACCCCCAGCGUAGUGGUCCACGUGUGUGAGAACGAGCAGGACAGCUCGGGGGGCGAAGACGACACAGAAGGAAGCACCAGCAGCAGCAACCGCCCCCCUCGCCCCAAAAUCAUCCAGACACGGCGUCCGGACAUCACCCCCGGCGUCAUGCAGUGAGCGGCAGAGAGAGGGGGCGCUCUAACAUCCACAAAGCAUGUCUCCCACAUCUGCCUCUCAGAAGUCAAUGACAACCUGGCCCUGGGAGGAUGCUGUUGGGACAAGUAAAACAUCCUCUCUAACACUAGGGGGAGUCGCCUCUCAAAGCCCUGCCUUUUCAUGGAGAGAGAGAGAGAGAAAGGAAAAGAGAGCGAGAGACAUUCAUCUCUUAUCAUUUCACAUUUAAUAUCUCUUUCGUCCUCCAUUUGGAACAAUAUUAGACACUUGAGAGAAAGAGAAGUAGACAGAGAAUAAAGAGCAAGGGAUGUUUUGAAUAUUUUUGCUGUAAAAAAAAACGUUUUACUUAAUUUGCUUUGUAACCGUUGUAUAUGGUCAGGCAUGGUAGUGAGAGAGAGAUGUUGUAGUCCUCUCUAGAGAGACACCGGGGGAUCAACUUUCUUUGGAUUCAUUGUGAUUUGUAAUUCAGGACCCCGUAACAAACCCUGUCUAUAGACUCAUUUCCUACUGUGUACUGGAUCCAUCCUUUUCUUGUCUAUAAGAUGUGUGCGCAUGCUGCAGUGGAGGCCGGCUCGUAAUAAUGGCUGAAAGGGCGCGAAUGGAAUGGCGUCAAACUAUGUUUGAUACCAUUCCACCUAUUGCGCUCCAGUCAUUACCACGAGCCCGUCCUCCCCAAUUAAGGUGCCACCAACCUCCUGUGGAAUGCUGCCAUCACUAGCUCAGCGAUUUACAAUGUUUGACUCAUCAGGAGUACAAAUUACAUUCUAUGUGAUGACAUCACAAACCUAAUUAUUAUUCAUGAAUAUUCUAAUUCCUAAUGGUCUUUACUCCAGGCCUAACAUUUGUAAACAGAACACUUCAGAGUAACUUUCUUGGAAUUCACUCCUUGACAGGUUAAUUUGCUAUGAAAUGGACUUAUUGUUCAAUAUGUCUCCAAUAAUGACUCAUCUGCUUCCAUAGCAUUGAGAUAUGUUACUACAAACUCCCCUCCUAGUUCAUCCUCCUUUGACAGAAAUGGCUGCCAUAUCACGCUGAUCACAUGGGUCAGGGAUGGCCUCCUGCAUGGGUCUUCAUAGCUUACUGUACAUUUUUGCUGCACAUCUUCCUGGCCAGUAUGGCUGGUCUCACUUGACUUACACUGCUAUUUUGGGGCUGACUGGGGGCCAUUAGGGCUCUGAACUGCAGUUACUGUAGGAGGGUUGGUUGUGUGCGCUGCUAUCAGAGAGAGAGAGGGGGGGGGUUCAUAGGUUGUAGUGGGAGGCUUGUGUAGAUGCACUGUGAAAUGUUUAAUGCAUGCGCCAUCACAGCACAUCUGGAAUGAAGUUAUCCACCCCAGCAGUUUAGUUGCAUUAGUCAUUUAGCUACUUUUGUACUCUGAACUAUUGACAUUCAUUAUUAUACUUUGAAUAAUAAUCUAGUGAGUUAUCAUGUAAUAAAGACUUCACCACUAAA